CCUCCGCUCACAGGUGCAACUCCGGUCGAGACCGAAGUAACUCGCAUCGACUUCGUGAACACGGUACAAGACACGGCUACCGUAGCCGAAGGAAGCUACGCUGUCACGCUGAACUUCUGCCAAUUAACGAGUGGCAUGGACGCACAGGCACUCUUGGACUAUCUUGACACAGAGAUGUGGGCAGGCUCGUCUUUGCCCGAUGCCAAAUUGGACGAGUUCGAGGAGAGAAUGGAGGUUGCCAUUGACGGCGAUGCAAUCA